AUGAAUCCUGAUUGCAGUCCACCAUGCUUUUCCAUUUGUUUUGAUAAUGUCAAUCAGAAGGUGACCGUUAGACAUCAGACACGAGAUAACAAAAAAAUGUUUAACAUGGUGCAGAGUUAUGCCGCUCUGGACAGAAUUUCUACUUUGCAUUUGUCAGAUGCGGUUCCAACCCCGUGCGACAUUUUGAAAAUUCCAUUAGAGUCCUAUUUGCCUUCUGAAAUGGACGAGAUUGACUUACGUUCUGAAAUGACAACAAUGGUAACUAGAAUCCUAUGUAGGUAUAUACCAGCAUUUGGUGGCAUAAAUGAAGAUAUUGUAUGGCAUAUCAAACAUCGUUACUCCAAAGAAUCUAGCAAAAAGAGCAUGCUGGUUCCUCUGGGUGUUCUUGAUAAAGAUGAAUCCAAAGUGUCUGAUACAAUUGAUAUUAUGGAGAAUUAUCACCAAUGUGUUCCAAUUAAACCAAACAGCAAGCCAUUAACUCUCCCUUUACAUGCUGAUGGUCUUAGUUGUGAGAGAGGAAAUGACGCUCAGAGUGCACAGAUAAAUGCAGCCUCACCAUGGGCACAACUACAGGGAUUUGUGCUAAACAUUCAAGAAUGGCAUAAACGGUGUUUAUUACUUCAGGAUAUCUAUGACAGGUUAUAUAAAACCAGUAGUGGCAGGGAGAAGGGCACACUACACCACCUCAACAACUAUUUCAAUCACAGAAGUGUCACCACCAACAUAAAGGAGAGCUUCAACUUUAAUGAAGAAUUUCUGGAAUUCUGCACAGAAGGUUAUGUUGUUUUAGCUGCGAUGUCUUUCAUGAACUUAAAUGAAACCAAAGAGGUACCAAAAGAUUUUCCUGCAGAUAAGACAGAUCAACAAAAGUAUAUGAACACAAUAUGCAGCAAGAUACUGGAUCUGAUUUUUUUGUCUAGUCAGCCAACUGUGAGAAAAAUGAUGGAAGAAGAUGCAGAAAGUGCUAAUAAUGAGGAAGAAUACUGUUUUUGCAGGCCACAGAGCUGGCUCAAAAUUUUUUGUAGUGGGAAAAACUGCAAAAAUAUAUGGUACCACUUGGAUUGUAUUGAUAUGGAGGAGGCAGAUAUACCUGAUGGAAAAUGGUUUUUGCAGUGAUGAAUGUAAAUAUGACAAAGUAACCAGACACACAAAAAAAGAACAUCAGUAUCAGAAACCCUGUCCGACAAGAAACAAAAUUAUGCAAUAGUUUUAAUGAGGAGUGGACUUCAGCAAAUGGUUAGGAAAGAUGCUCUACGAGAAAAUGACGGACCAAGAAUUAUCAAUCAUUGGAAGUUUGAUAUGCUUAAUUUUUUCCAAAGUCAUCAUCCUAAAUACUUUUUGGUUGGUCACCGCCUACUUUCUGCAGUAAAUGGGGCUGUUUCACCA